AUGACCAAGGAUCGGCUAAGUGCCCUGAAAGCGGCACAGUCAGAGGAUGAGCAAGAUGACGAUAUGCAUGUAGAAACGGGCAAUGCCCAGUAUAUGGAAGAAUUCUUUGAGCAGGUCGAAGAAAUUCGUGGAAGUGUCGAUUUGAUUGCCAACAAUGUGGAAGAAGUCAAGAAAAAACAUUCAGCAAUCCUUUCAAACCCCGUCAAUGAUCCCAAGACCAAAGAAGAGCUCGAUGAGCUUAUGGCCAGCAUUAAGCGAACGGCUAAUAAGGUCCGCGGUAAGCUGAAGCUCAUCGAAAAUGCCAUCGAACAUGAUGAACAAUCAUCCGGGGCCGGUAAUGCGGAUUUACGUAUACGUAAAACGCAACACAGCACGUUGUCACGACGUUUUGUCGAGGUGAUGACGGACUACAAUAAAACUCAGACUGACUAUCGUGAACGCUGUAAAGGACGUAUUCAACGGCAGCUUGAUAUUGCCGGAAAACAAGUAGGUGACGAGGAUUUAGAAGAAAUGAUUGAAAGCGGUAAUCCUGGAGUGUUUACCCAAGGUAUCAUCACGGAUACCCAACAGGCAAAACAAACCCUGGCUGACAUAGAAGCACGGCAUAAUGAUAUUAUGAAGUUAGAGAGCAGUAUUCGUGAAUUACAUGAUAUGUUUAUGGAUAUGGCAAUGCUUGUUGAAAGCCAGGUCAGUACAAUUAUCCCUAAUGGUUGA